AUGUUUAAAAAAAUGGCAUUAAAUGGUUGCUUGAUGAAAUCAGCCCUGAACACCCAUUCAUACAGUCUAGUUCUACGAAGAAACAACUGGGCGAAAAAUUUGACGAAAAGAGAGGCCAAAAAAGCAGUGGUCAUCGAUUAUGUGGGGGAAAAUGCUGAGAGGACACCAAUAAUUUAUGCAUGGGGUUCUGCUGCUUCUGGAGCUCUGGGUAUUGCCAGCUACCUGCGUCCUGAUGUCAAGUUUAAGCAUGGUCGAUUCGUCAUCUCAAGAAUUAAUCGACCAGCACGUGUCAGAUUUUUUGACAUCCACAAGUUGAAGCCUUUAGACAUUGCUUGUGGAUAUGGGUUUACAGUUGUUGCGGUCAAAGUUGGGAGCAGAAAAAUAUUGCUGGGAACUGGGAUGAACACGGAUUCCCAACUUGGUUACCAUGAGGCUCCACGAGGGUCAGGUCGAGUAUUGGACCAGCUUAUAGAGCCUGGUCGAAUUCGCUUACCGCUGUUGAAACCUGAUGAUUGUAAUGUCGUUACAAUGGAUUGUGGACGGGCUCAUACAGUUGUGGUUGUAGAAAAAGAAGGAGCUUUCAGUUUAGGAAACAAUGCCUGUGGUCAGUGUGGCCGCACAAUUGUGGACGGGGAGGAUUAUGGGAAAAACCAGACUGUUAACAAAAUUCUGGGGGUGCCAGAUGAUGUUGUUAAGGUUGUUUGUGGACAAGAUCACACUCUGUUUUUGACACAGUCAGGGCAGGUCUACAGCUGUGGGUUGGGUGCAGAUGGACAAACAGGUCAAGGACAUUACAGAAACACAGACCGUCUGAUGUUGGUUCAAGGUGACCUUGGGGGAGAGAAGAUUGUGUCCAUUGGUUCUCGAGGUGACUGCUGUCUGGCAGUUUCAGAAAAUGGAGAUGUGUUUGGUUGGGGCAACUCUGAGUACGGUCAGUUGGGGCUAGUUACAGACGAGACACAAGUGAAUGUCGCUCGACAUCUUCCACUGAAGGAUUGUGGGAAGGUGGUCAAGGCUGUAGCUGGGGGAUCUCAGUGUGCUCUUUUAAAUGAUCAGGGCCAAGUGUUUGUCUGGGGCUAUGGAAUUCUCGGGAAGGGCCCACAGCUGGAAAUGUCUACUGUACCAUCAAGAAUCCCAGAUCCAUUGUUUGGUCGCAACGAGUUGUCCCCCAACACCAAGGUGGUGGAUAUACACUGUGGCUUGACCUACUUGUCGGCUGUGACAGAUCAAGGAGAUGUCUACACAUGGGGUCGGGACAGUCAGGGCUGUCUGGGUCUGGGCGAAUACAAAAAUCAAUUUUUUCCAUGGAAGGUUGUCUUGCCAGCUGAAGCCAUCAAACUUGCCUGUGGAGUGGACCACGUGGUUGCUCUAUGCCGCUCUUUCACAUGA